AUGUCAUUUAGAGCUGUCAUUAAUAAUUUAGAAAAUCAUAACACAUGGUAUCGAACACUACAUGUUUUAUCUACUAUCAGUGAAGAAUUAAAAUUUACUAUAACCAAUGAAAAAAUUAUAAUUACAUCACUUAAUUCCACAGAUACAUCGAUUUAUAAAAUAACUUUUUUAAAAAACUUUUUCGAUGAGUAUGAAUUUUCACCACAUGAUAUAAUAUUUGGUGAGACUGGCCUUAAGAUAAUUACUGAUCAACGAUUAAAACAAAUUUAUACAUAUUCAUUUAAAAUCAAUGGGAACCAUUUAACCACGAUAUUUAGGAAACCUGAUGGCGAUGUGAUUUCCAAAUCGUCUCUUAUAAUAAAUAAUACCACUACAUGUCCAGAAAGUUUAGUUAAUCGAUUAUUAGUUCAUAUAGAUAUGGAAUCAAGUAUUAUGAAAGAAUAUUCUCCACAAUUCGAACCCAUUCAAUAUGAUCAUAUCAUUUUAGAUUUGAAAUAUAAACAAGAUUUCUUAACAGUAUAUGGACGUAAGGCUGAAAGUGAGAAUGCCUUGAAGAAAUUACAACCCAAAAUUGUGCAAAUCUUUAUUGAAGUACAAGAAGAUUUACAAAAUGCCAUAUAUAAACCCGAAACUGAAACAUCCAAGAGGAAACGAAUCAAUCCUGAUGAAUUCACUUCAGACGAAGAGAUUAAUUUCAUAUCCUGUAAUCAAACGUUAUUAAGGAAUUUCUUGGAAAAUUGUAAUUCCCAUGUCACUGAACAAGUGAAAUUUGAAUUAACUCCAUAUAAAUUUAUCAUUACCGCGUUCACUAAGGCUGUUUAUGGUAAGAAUAAUGAUAUAUUAAGAAAUGUGAUUAAUAUGAGUAAUCAAUUUAAUGUAUCUAAUUUGGAAGGUCAUUGUACGUUUGAGUUGGGUGAUGCUAGUAUUACUACAAAUAAUAAUAUGACGACGACAAAAAACGGUAUUAAAUCAAGAACUUUUUCAUUAAGAGAAUUUAAAAAUUUCUUAAAUAUUCCAUUGCCCAGUAAGAAUUCUAUUAAUUACCAAGGUACAGUUAACAUCUGGUAUUGUAAGAAUGGAGAUCCAAUCUUUAUGGAAAUGAAAAAGCCCAAUGUAGUAAUGCAAUUGAUUCAAUUGACAGAGAGUGAUUUGGAAAAUGUGGUACCUAAAUCCAAUGUUUUCGAUAAAGCUUCCAAAAGAGAAGUGCUUCUUCCCCCACCUCAACCUGCCACCGUGAAAAGGGUUCCGUCAUUUAAUGAUAUGCCUUUAAUAAAGAGUCGUAAACCUAGUCAUGAAAAAAAUUUAUUUGUUCCCGAUGAUGAAUAUUCUCAAGAAGAACCACCAUUAUUCAACAAUCAACACGAGACUGAUAAUAAUAAUAAUACUGUCAUGGCAAGUUACAAGACUACACAAGAAGAGGGAAGUGUCAUUGGAGAUUCUCAAUUGGGGAUGAAUGCGUCGAUGAGUAAUACCGAUUUGACCAUCAAUAUAAAUAAUCAAACCACACUAGCUAAUAGAUCGAACACUACUAUCGGAUGGGGGGUUGCGCCUGUAUCUAAAGUGAAUGAUAAUUCCAAAGAGGUUGAUCUUGGUAUGGAACGAACACGUCAAAAGAAUAUGUUAAAGAAGGAAAGAUUAUUAUUCUUACGAGGAUUAAAGAGACAGAAUGAAGCUAAACAAAGGGAAAGGGAGAAGAAAGCUAAACGAAUGGAAGAAGAGAAUGUCAAUACAAAUGACAAUGAUAAUGAAAAUGGAUUUGGACCAACACAAGAUGAUACGAUGAAAGGGUUGUUUGAUUGA